AUGCGUCAUCGCUCGGGACAUCACGCGUCGACUCGCGCGGCGUCGCGCGCGCGCGCGGCGACGACGGACGGCGCGACGUCGGUCACGGUGGUCGGCACGUCGUCGUGUCCGCACUGCAAGCGCGCGAAGAGCGCGCUCGGCGAGGCGGGGAUCGCGUUCGAUGAGAUUAGCGUCGACGACGCGGCGGCGCUGCGCGCGGCGUCGUCGGCGCUCGCGGGCUUUCGAUCGGUGCCGCAGGUGUUCGUGGGGGGAGAGAUAUACGGCGGCGCCGACGAUACGUGCGCGGGGAUCGAAAGCGGCGAUCUCGUGGCCAAGGCGCGGGAGGCGAGGGAGAGAGGGAUGGACGGCGCGCCGCGGGCGCUUCGCGAGGCGAGCGAGGCGUUCGCGAACGGGACGCUGGAGACGCCGAAAGCGCCGGCGGUGGCGACGUCGUCGUCGUCGUCGUGGUUGACGAAAUUGGUGAAUAAGGGAUCGAAUGAGGCGGGGGACGCGGCGGCGGUGGCGCGGGCGAUGGCGGCGACGACGGGGGGGGUGACGCGAAGGACGGAGCGACGAUUCGGCGGGUUGUCGGAUGGCGUCUUCGGGCUGGUGAAGACGCAUAAGGGCGUGUUCACGGCGAAAGAUGCGGUGGAUUGGAUGAUGAAAAACGGUAAAGCGUCGACGGAAGAAGAGGCUGCGCGGUUGGGGGCGGCCAUGGUGCGCGAGCGAUUGAUCGGUGACGUCGACGCGACGCACGCGUUUCGCGUCGUCGACGCCGCGGACGCGCCGCUGUUUCGCUUUCGAUCCGAGGCGCCGUCUUUGGGGUGUGCGCCGUUGAACGCGGCGAAUUUGUACGUUGGACAAGCGCGAGACGCUAAAAUCGUCGCGGAGGAUGUUCGCGGACGCAUACUGAAGCUCUAUGACGAAUUUCUCAGCGACGACGGGCGCGCGGUGGAUUACGAUGGCGUUCGUCAGAGCGACGGCUUUAAAGAUUUCGUCGAAGCGUGCGAAGAGCUUCAGCGCGUCAACUUGAACGCGUUGUCGCGCGAAGAACGCAUGGCGUUUUUCAUCAAUCUGUACAAUGCCCUCGUGAUUCACGGAACGUGUGUGUUUGGCACGCCCAAGAACACGCUCGAGCGUUUGGAUUUCUUCUCCAAGGUUUCGUACGACGUCGCCGGCGCCGUGUACACGUGCGACGACAUCGAGAACGGAAUCUUGCGCGGGAACCGACCGGGCGCGGCCACGAUCGGUGCGCUCGCGGGAAAACCAUCGCUGUCGCGAGGUCCUUUUCGCGAGAAGGAUCCGCGAAGGAACCACGUCGUGCUGCCGAUGGAUCCUCGAAUUCACUUUGCGUUGGUGUGCGGCGCGCGUUCGUGCCCUCCCAUUCGCGUCUACACGGCUGAGAAUAUCGACCGCGAGCUCGAAGACGCGGCGUUUUCCUUCUUCGAGUCGGAAAUCGACGUAGAGCUCUCCGAAAACGGCGACGCGACGUCGGCGGCGGUGAGUAAAAUCGUCGGCGAGUGGUACAAAUUCGACUUCGGCGAUUCCGACGCCGAGCGUCUGCGAUACGUCUCAAAGUACAUGCGCCAAGGCAAACAUCGCGAAGGUUUACUGCGCGCGCUCGACGAAGGCAAAGACGUCACGUUAACGACGCGCGCGUACGACUGGACGCUCAACGACGGUAAAUGA